CGUGCUCCGAAAUGUCUAAUCUCUCCCGUUUCCACGCCUAAACAAAUCCAGCAGCCACAACCACCGGCGAGGCAUCCCCCACCGUCCGAAGCCGCCGGCUUGCCACCUUUCCCGGGAUGUCACGGUUCCAAUCCAAUCGGCGGCUGGAAAAAGACCAGCCAAUUUACGAUGACGACAACGAAGACACCGCAUCCCCUGAAACCCGAGACAACGGCCACUCAAACGGAGGAAUCCAAAAUAACACCCUUUUCAGUAAAGAUUAUGUCAACGUGCGUUCUCGAUCAUAUCUCAUGAAGAUUCUCAGCAAACAAGGUGACAGUAAAGUUCUCUUUGCAGAUAAAGUUUUGAAAUUUACUGGUUCAGGGAAGAUGAAGCAUCGUAUACUUUUGAUUACUGAUUUUGCAAUAUAUGUAGUAGACCCAGACUGUGAUGCACUUAAAAGGCGGAUUGCACUAGCAGCUGUUGAGAAGCUGAGUUUGAGUGAACUGGGUGAUAACUUUUUUGCUAUAAUUAUCCCAACAGAGUAUGAUAUACUUAUGGCUAGUACUCGAAAGGCAGAGAUUGUAAAUGCCCUGGUAGAAGCUACCAAAAGUGCAUCUGACUAUGAACUGGAUGUGCUUCACUCUAACAGGUUUGAGUACAAUGCGGCUGCGGACCUGGUGAAGGUAGUUCAGUUUGAAGAAGUGGAAGGUGGUGUUAAAACAAGAAUUGGGAGGAAAUGAAUGGCAAUUUUGUUUUCCAUCGAGAUAUGUGCAAAUUAGUUGAUUUGGUUGCUGCGCAUCUGCUUUGCAAUUAUACCAGUUUGUUCAGUGUAAAGGUGACUGAUUCUUUUACCAUGCCGAGCUGACCUUGGCAGUUCAUUCCCAGACGAGACAUUGUGAAGUUAAUUUUUUACAUGGAUGUAAUAUUUGUGAAUGCUGAUACAAGUAUCUCGGAUGGUGUUAAUAUGUGAUUGUUUAGUGCGUUUUGUGCUUUGACUUUAGGGUGUGAGCUUAUUUGUAAUUUGAAAGAAAUCAGACCUUGUAUUCCAGAUUAGUAGGAAAACAUCACACGAAACUUUCGUAGUUUAUGCUUCCUAUGUUGCUCAAGGGUUUCUUAGUCAAGAAUGUUCUUACGAUGUCAUUGGCAAGAAAUUUUUCUCGGCUUCA